AUGUCUUCCCAUGAUAACUCGGGCAGCUACCUCCAGCAGAUCUCCCGAAUCGUCGGCACCGUGUACAGCUACAUGCGACUCCCGGUCCUGGUCUCAUCGGGUGUCGCUACUGCGCUCAGCUCCCUGCUCUAUUUCAAGCAAAAAGCGUUGAUCUACCCGUCGCACCUCCCAGAUAAUGCCCGCACCGAUGUCGCUCGACCGUCCCAGUUCGGCAUCACCGACUUCGAGGAGUUGAUGAUUCCCACCCCCGACGGCGAGCAGCUUUCGGCCUUCUACAUUCGCCCCCCACAGACGGGUAUGCGCAAAGGAAUCACAAUCCUGAUGUUCCACGGAAACGCUGGAAACAUCGGGCACCGAGUCCCCAUCGCGCGGAUGUUCGUCCAGAGAAUGGGUUGCAGCGUCUUCAUGCUCGAGUAUCGUGGAUACGGACUUUCCACGGGAUCGCCAGACGAGUCCGGCCUCAUGGUCGAUGCGCAAACUGCCUUUGAAUACCUACGCACACGCUCCGAGACCAGAGACAAUGACAUUGUGAUCUUUGGCCAGAGCUUGGGCGGGGCAGUGAGCAUCCAAUUGACAGCCAAGCACCAGAACGACAAGAGAUUAGUCGGGUUGGUUCUGGAGAACACAUUUCUGAGCAUGAGAAAGUUAAUCCCGUCCAUCCUUCCCCCAGCGAAAUAUCUCACGCUCCUCUGUCAUCAAGUCUGGGCCUCCGACACUUUCCUACCUUCUAUCACCGAAGUUCCGAUUCUCUUCCUGUCUGGUCUACAAGAUGAGAUAGUACCACCAAGCCACAUGCGCCGCCUUUACGAACUCUGCCAGACUCCUACGAAAGUAUGGAAGCCCUUGCCCGGUGGAGACCACAAUUCUAGCGUUGUCGAAGACGGGUACUUUGAGUCGAUAGAAGACUUUAUUGCGAAUCUGGACACCAAAUUUGGAUAA